AAAGCAUCUAGCCAAAAUCAAUUCAAAUGUAGAGAGGGUCAGCUUUCACACGCGACAGUGGAGGGCAGCCUCAGUCUCCCUCCCUCGCCGAAAGCUCAAACAGACGUCUGGACCACGCUUGGCACACAACCUGGAGGUAAGACCCUACCUUCUGGGUUUCUCUUCUCCCUCUCCCACCGGACUCCACCUCCCGUUUGAGUCACAGAGAGGUAGAGACGGUCGGCGUCUGCAGGACAGCAGAGAGCAGCCUGGGACUCCUAGAUGUACGAACCACGCUAGGACCCUCAGACUACAUGUUUCUGGAUAAUAGCACCUCCUUUUUGAAGUGUCAGAGGAAUGGAUGAGAUUGUUGCUGAGUUUAUCAGGAGGACUGUCCUGAAAAUCCCAGUUGCUGAAAUAGUGAAAAUCCUGACUAUAUGGAACUUUCUUCCAGAAAGUCAACUGAAGAACAUAAACCUUCGACAAUGCAAGGAAGAUAUCUCUCAGGACGUGGUUGAGCUUUGUAAGAAGAAAGGUGCAAGUAUGAAAGAAGCUGCAAUUUUAGACAUAAUUUAUCAUCAGACUUAUCAAACCAAGAAAAUUUGGAUUGUUUAUAAAAUGACUAAAGCCCCAGGUGAAGAGGUUGACCUUUCUGAUAUGGAAGAGUUUAAAGAUUCUUUUAAGAAAGUUCUUCAAAGAGCCUUAAGAAAUGUGCAUAUCAGCUUCAGAGACUGUGAGGAUAAUGCAGUAUGGAUUCGAAUUGCCUGGGGAACACCUUACAUGAAACCAAAUCAGUACAAAACUACAUAUGUGGUGUAUCAUUCCCAAACUCCUUUUGUCUUCGUCUCUCAUGGCCGUAUUAAGAAAUACAUUCCAGAGCUCUGGCAGGCACUGAUGACUGCUGGCAAUUACCAGAAGAUCCAACAAAUGGAACUCCGAAGUAUAUAUCUGGAUUCUCUUAAGGCAAUUGUUUUUAAACAGUAUAAUCAGGAUUUUCAAACUUACCACCAUACACCUUUACAGGAAGGAAAUGCUGAGAGUGAAAUAGUGGAUCCAAGGAUCAUUCAUGAAAAUAUAAAAGAGAAGGAAAGAAUCCAAAGAGUGACACGGGAAACUUUUGGGGAUUGCAUCCAACCAAGAAUAGAAUUUGCACAGUAUAAGCUUGAAACCAAAUUCAAAACUGACUCUAAAAAUGGCAUCUUGGCUGAAAGGGAAGAACCCUUUAGAUGUCUGGUUAAGUUCUCUAGUCCACAUCUUUUGGAAGCAUUGAAAUCUUUAGCACCAGCUGGUAUUGCAGAUGCACCACUUUCAUCACUGCUUACUUGUAUACCCCACAAAGCAAUGAAUUAUUUUACAGUCAGAGAGAAAUGAGUUUUAUUUGGAGUAAACAUGAGUCUCUUGUCUUAUUUUCUAAAACGUUUCAGUUCUCUUCUACAUGUACCUCUCCUUUCUAUGUACUAAUAUUUCAAUAAGAAUCCAUUGAGAAAACAACACUUGCAUUCUUGAUGAACCUGAUUCUUCUCUCUCAGAAAAUCAAAUUGUUCUCCCAACACGAGAGCAUAUGCAGGUAGGUUUGGCUCUAGCAUUGGCCCUGUGGUAGUACCCUGAAUGGCCUAAAAUGAAGAGGGCUGUGCAAUAACUACUUCUGGUAUGUUCCCUAAGCAGGGACUACCAUAGUUUUUCCAGCUGUCCAACCCUUGGUUUUGUAGCUUGACCUUCUUUAGUCUUGGCUCAAAGAGCAAAUCACCAAAAUAUCAGCAAGUACUACAUAAACUUUAUAGAGAGAACAUGAAAUUGUUCUACAAAUCAGGCCCAUUACCCAUACAUCAUCAGAUCCCUUUUCAUGUGACAUAGAUUCAGAUGUUCACAGAAACAUGCAUGAACUAUGAACAUAGUUUAAUUGGAACAUCCUUCUCUCCAUUUUAUGUUUUAUCACAUUUACAAUUCAUUCAAAUCACUGUGUACCAAACCACAGCUUAUAAAUAAAGAUGUGAAAAAACUAAAUAAAUCAAUGAUCUUAAUUAAAAUUCUCUGGUUCACAUGAAUGAAAAACAUAAUUUUGUGGAAAAGACUGUUUUAGUCCAUAAGCCAGCAGACAUUUGUAUUGACAAAUCCAAGUAAAUAAAUGUUUACUGAAUGAAUUAUUAAAGUAGUUAUUAUUGGUAAAAGAGAUAGUAACAUGUGUCUUGUAUAAAUUAUAAUUUGGAUAAUACAUUUUUCCAGGGUUACCAAUUAUGUCUUAAUUGUUGAACCUGAUGGCAUUUCCUCAGUCUUUUAAAACCUCCUUGAUCUUUGUAGAAUUUGACACUGUUAAACAUUUCCUCCUGUAUACUAUCUCCUUCGGGUUUUUUUGUUUGGUUGGUUUUUUGUGUGGUUUUAUUGGGGUUUUUUUGGUGGGGCAGUGAGGGUUAAGUGACUUGCCCAGGGUCAUACAGCUAGUAAGUGUCAAGUGUCUGAGGCCAGCUUUGAACUCAGGUCCUCCUGAAUCCAGGGCCAGUGCUCUAUCCACUGUGCUACCUAGCUGCCCCCUGCGUUUUCAUAAAAUUGUUCUGCUGGUUCUCCUUCUAUCUGCAUGACCACUCCUCAGUGUUCUUGAUUAAGUCAUCAUCCAUGUUCAAAGACUGUCCCAGGUCCUCUUUUCUUUAUA